AUGAGCUACUUGCUGCAGACGCUCAGAACGAAGAGGGAGGUGGACGAGGCCAUACGCAACACGGAUGACCUUCUGCUCGUUCUACGAUUCGGCCGUGAAGACGAUGCCACGUGCCUGCAGCUCGAUGAAAUCUUGUCCAAAACGGAGCGACAUUUGUCCAAGAUGGCAGUGAUCCGACUUGUGGACGUGGACGCAGUCCCCGAGUACGUCCAAUACUUUGACAUCACCCUCAUCCCCGCCACUGUCUUCUUCUUCAACGCCCAACACAUGAAGUGCGACUAUGGUACGCCAGAUCACACCAAGUGGAUCGGGGCGUUCCACUCCAAGCAGGACUUCAUCGACCUGGUGGAAGUGCUCUACCGCACGGCCCUCCACGGCAAGUUCAUCGCCGCCCGAUGUCCCAUCGACCCCAAGCACAUCCCCAAGUACACCCUCAUCUACAACGACAUCUGA